AUGCCUAGAUUCUUUGAUCCUUCUAAGAGUGACCCUACAGUAAUAGCAAUAAAUUGGAUUGAUUAAAUUUUAUCAGAAAAAUUAAAAACCUUAUCCCAUGAAGAAAUAGAAAAAUAUAUAAAAAGAUUUUAGCAAGAAAGAUUAUUCACUAAUUACAAAAACAAAGAAAUAAUUAUAAGGUAUAAUGAUUAUGAACUAAAGCAAUAAAUGUUCUAGAGGAAAUAUUUAUUUGGAUUAUGAUAAUAUAUAGAAUAAAUAUUUUCCUGUUUUCAAUAAUGGAAAUUAGAUUGUCAUUUGUUAAAAUAUGAUUUAAAAUAGUGUAUAAUUAUUAGAAAAUUUAAUUCGAGAAUUUGAAUUAUCAGAAAAGAAAAUUGAAUAAUAAGGAUGCAAAUACGUUUCAGCUUGUAGUUAAGCUUAUAAAAUUUACAAAUUUCCUUUUGAAAAACAAAAACAAUUAAGUGAUAUAUGUGCAAAAAUUUUAAUGAGAGUAUUAAAUUAUAUAAUCAUUAGCAUAGAGGAGAAAACAAAGAAUAAUUACCAUUAGAUCAAUGGGUUAGAUAUAUAGAUAGAGAAGUGAAAUCUUAAUAAUGCUAUAAUAUUUGA